AUGCACUUAAGACGUGAUGUGUGUUUACUAGGAAUAGUUCCGCCCUGCAAUGUUCACAUUGGAAAUGAAUCACUGCUUAGCUUCUGCGAUGAAACGAGUCCUGGCAGGAUUAUACAGUCACGUCCUCCUGGUGGGGGAUUUCCACCUGCACGCAAUCGAAGUGCCAGCAUCGCAAGCGAACAAUUCAAAGCGGAUUUGCAAAAUGUGAUCGCCGAUGUACCUCUAUACAAUCAUGUCAUCACUUCCAUGCGAUUCCGAACGGGUGACACACCCUCUGUUUUGGACCUUAUGCUCUCCAACGAGGAACUAAUGGUCGACACCGUGACCACAGAUUAG